AGGUCAUCCCAUGAUGCACCGCGACUCAACGGCUUCAGUCAUUCAAGCAGCUUAGUACUGGUGUUCGAGAGCGUCUGCUGUUCUGUUAGGCCAACUGGGUUCGGGUAACCUGUGUCCUGAACUGGACCGGUCCCUGAACGGGGGUCUCUACUCUCUCAAUUCGAGGCGAACUCUGUCGUACAUGCUUCAGUAAACACCGGCCGUUGACGGGAAGCGAGCGUUUGGGCGGCAGAAGCGGUGCUGUCAGCGAUAUAACAGCAGAAAGCGUUUAAUAUACAGACGUAAACCAACCGGAAAGAGAACUGUGGGAAUCUAAUCAAACUUUAAAGGCAACUUGAUGGAUUUAGAGACCGGAAGAAACGAACUGGGAGCAAUGGGAGAGUCGCAGCAGCCGCAGACCCCCAGUCGCCACGAGAAAAGUCUCGGACUGCUCACGACUAAAUUUGUGACUCUUCUGCAGGAAGCGAAGGACGGAGUGCUGGAUCUCAAAGCUGCUGCAGAUACUUUGGCUGUAAGGCAGAAACGGCGCAUCUAUGACAUCACCAAUGUUUUGGAAGGCAUUGGACUCAUCGAGAAGAAAUCCAAAAACAGCAUCCAGUGGAAGGGUGUUGGUCCGGGUUGCAACACGCGUGAAAUUGCAGACAAGCUCAUCGAUCUCAAGUUGGAAUUAGAGGAUCUUGACAGGAGGGAACAUGAACUGGACCAGCAGAGAGUUUGGGCUCAGCAGAGCAUCAAAAACGUGACAGACGACUCGCUAAAUAGCCCUCUGGCGUAUGUAACACAUCAAGACCUCUGCAAUUGCUUCAAAGGUGACACUCUUCUAGCAAUAAGAGCUCCUUCAGGAACACAGUUGGAGGUUCCUGUGCCUGAAUCUCAUGUCAAUGGACAAAAGAAGUACCAGAUUCAUCUGAAGAGCUCUGCAGGCCCCAUCGAGGUCCUGUUGGUGAAUAAGGACCCUUCUAGUUCUUCUCCUGUGGUGCUGCCUGUGCCCCCGCCUGACGACAUGCUUCAGAGCCUGUCCACCCCUGCUUCAACUACCUCUGCUGCUGCUGUUCCCACCAAACCAGCAGCCAACAGUGUGCCAUCCUCCACCUCCACCUGCCAGAGUCCCUCCGCAGCCGCCACCACUGCCGUCCCUCCAAAAACAACCACUGCCUCUGCUGCUGGGGCAGCUACAGAUAUUUCAAGCACCUCCACUUCAAAUACAACAGCCAAUCCCACAUCUUCAACCGACACGCAGCAGCUGCAGUCUUCUGCGUCACUGGACAGCAGCUCUUCACUUCCUGAUUCCUCAGCCCUUUUUGAACCAAUCAAAACAGACCCUUCAGAUCUGCUGGAUCUCCCCAAAGAACUUUCAGAAAUGUUUGACCCUAAAGAAAUGAUGAGUACAGAUUUGCUUGAAGAGCUGAUGUCAUCAGAAGUUUUCUCUCCGCUCCUCCGUCUAUCUCCUCCUCCGGGUGAUCAUGACUACAUCUAUAACCUGGAUGAGACGGAGGGCCUUUGUGACCUCUUUGACGUUCCCAUUGCCAACCUUUGACCUCCGAACACAACGUACAAUGAGAGUAGCGUACUUAAAAGAACUUUCUUUUUUAUUUACCCUUUUGAAAGGAGAAAAAAAAGAAAGCGUGGCUCUGUGUCAGAUCCACAUGUAUGAUAAGCUGAAUCUGUGUGUAUAUAAAGCUUUUUUAUAUGUGUAUAUUUACUUCAACCCCAAAGCGGCUGACUGAAAAUGAACUUUCCCUGCAAAAUUCUACUGAUCCAAUCUGAUGAAGACAUCAGACAUCCAUACAAACCAUUUUUGUUAAUAAGUCCCAUUCUAAUUGUUUUUAUACUACUUUUGUAUAGACAUCAAUGGAAUUUCAAUCACAUAAUAGACUAAAUUCACCAGCAAUUGUUAAUGGUUCCAUGAAAUUACCAGCUAGAUGUGUCUUUCUUAAUGGUCUUCCUCUUUUAAAGUAGCAUCUUUUCAUCCCUCUCAUUCAGUGUAUUUACUGAUCUGGACACAACUCCUAUACAGAUUGUUAAUGAAACCGUGUUUUACUUGUGUGAUUAUGCUUUUGAAGAAAGCAUGCCUCUAAUGCAUAUGGUACAUUUUGUGGGUAUUCUGGCUGUAGGAAGAAGUUUGUUCUCAAGUAAUUAAGUUACACUAAUAACUUAGUGGAGAAGAUUGCAUUGCAGAAUAGCCUGCCCUGUGUGGAUUUGGUGCUACAUAGCAACAUCUAUUUAUAAGAGCGUUGAUCCUCAGAAAAAAAACAUACUUUAAGUGAUUGAUGAACCAUUCCUAUUUUGAGUGUGCUUUUUUUAAAUCCUAUGUGCCUCACUCGCAAAAUUAUGUAAGCUAGUUUUCACCAUGGAAUUAAAAUAUAAAGGUAAUUGCAACUUUUUAUCUCAUUAAUUGAGAAAACUGAAAUUGCAAGAAGAAAUCAGAACUGUAGGAAAAAAUUGCUUGAUUCUGUUUGAAACUAAAAGAAUUGUGAGAUAUAAAGUUAAGAGAAUUCAGAGAAAAAUAUCAGAAUUGCUAGAUAAACACUAAAUUACAAGAAAGAUUUGUGAAAGAAAAAGUGUGUUACCCUUUUUUACCUGGUUUUCAUAUAAAAUGGUUAGCUUACAGUGUGAACUACUCCUUUAACCUCAUUUAAUGUAAUAACUGCAGUGGAAAUGUCACAAGUAAGGUCCUGUAUAAAUGUAAAAUUAGAUGCCAGUUACUAUUUUUGUAUUUUAAACCUAGUCCCUCCCUAUGUUUUCAGUCCAUAAAGUACAUCUGCCCUUGUCCCGUUUAUAUAUGUGUAUAGAUUAUUUUGAAAAUAAGUGACCUCUUCAUUAUGUCUGUAUAUGAGACAAACUGUCUAAAGAAGGAUGUGGGUUUGGGGGGGAUUAAAGAGAAGUCACAAUAUGACAAGAAAUAGAGUAUCAGUGUGCUGUGUAUUGAGCGCUGUCCAAACAGAAUGUCAUAAUGUGGGCUCCUGACUGUGUCGGUACUAAUGGUUGGCCCCAUUAAAAUCAUUUCUUGUUUUCUUAAUGUUCAUGUCUGCUAAAUGAUAUUUUUAUGCUUGUACACAGUAAGCAUUUGCCAUUUAUUUUUGUAUUUGAUAGACCUCCAACUUCUCUGGUUUAGUCUGCAGUUUCUUCUGGCUAGUUUAUCUCCACAUUGCACUUUAAAACAGUUUAACACGCAGGUAACUUCCAGCCCUAGGCAUUGAUUGGGCUGGCCGAGUCAGUUUUACAGUAUGCAGGGAAUAAGCAGUUUUCAGAUUUUCACUGUGUCAUUGCAAAAUACCAGAAUUGUUGUUCUUUACUGGAAUUGUCAUCCCCAUGAAAUAAAGAAUGUUUUUGUAA